CUCUGUGGAUAGAUGCUCGAUCAUAUCCUGGCAAAUAAAAUGGUCAGACAAUAGCUUACGUAGAGAGCAGAGCUCCCAGUUCAUGACCAGCUCAAGAAGACUAGUUGUUAGUUAGUGUCAGUCAUGACAUCCCACUCAGCAGCUGUAUUGGCAGCAGGACUAGUGUGGCUGCUCAGCGCGGUGCUCGUGGUGCCAUGGCUCGCCGCCGGGGAGAGUAGUAGUAGUAGUAGUGUCGCCGACGACUGCCAGAGAUCAUGCGGCCGCGUGGACAUCCCUUUCCCGUUCGGAAUGGGACCUGAUCACUGCAUGCUGACGCGUGACUUCCGAAUCACGUGUGAAGACGUCGGGAACGGAGUCCGUAAGGCGCCGUUCUUGGCAAAUUUCACCAACGUGGAGGUCCUCAACAUCUCUCUGGAGCAAGGACAAGCCCAGGUGCUCAACCCCAUCUCUUCUUACUGCUACAACGCUACGGUUCAGCAGUGGGAUGAGUGGACGUGGGACUUGAGUAGCACGUCCUACACUUUCUCCAACACGGCCAACAAGUUCACCGUCGUAGGCUGCCGGGCGCUGGCAUACAUCGGCAACACCAAAGGCAACACUUCUGCGAUGUACCAGACCGGGUGCGUGUCCAUGUGCUUUCAAGGCAGUAUGGACCUUAACGCCUGCUCCGGGAUGGGAUGCUGCCAGACGGGCAUCCCCAAGGGUCUCAAGUAUUACCACGUGUGGUUCGACAAGCGCUUGAACACCUCUGGGAUCGACGACGGCACGGGGGGCUCAGUUGAUCCCUGCAGCUUCGCGGUGCUCAUGGACUCGUCCAACAACAUAUCCUCGCCGGAGUUCAACGACAGCAACAACUCGCCGUCGGAGUUCAACAGCUCCCGUGGUGGAAAGGCGCCGGUGGUCCUUGACUGGUCCAUCGGGCACGACGACUGCAAGACGGCAGUCAGAAACAACAACCCUGCAGGAUACGCGUGCCGCAGCAUCAACAGCUCGUGCUCUGACGCAACCAGCGGACGAGGCUACAUCUGUAAGUGCAACCAAGGUUUCGAGGGCAACCCUUACAUUUCUGACGGCUGUAAAGAUAUUAACGAGUGCAAACAUCCGGAUAAGUAUAAUUGUUCCGGAGCGUGCACCAAUACAAUUGGUUCGUACAAUUGUCGUCCGAAAGAGGCUUUCCCGCGUGGAGCACUGAUCGCCGCUGGAAUUUUGCUCGUAUUUGUGGUUGCCCUGAUUGCGUUUCUUUCCAUCGAAGUUUUCCGCAACAAGGAGAAAAAGAAAAGACAAGGGUUCUUUCAGCAGCACGGGGGCCAGAUGUUGUUGCAAAUAAUAGAAAAAGAUGCCAACAACAUCGCCUUCAAGUUAUACGAGAGAAAAGACCUAGUGAAGGCCACACGUCGCUUCCACAAGGACAACGUCGUCGGAGAAGGAACACAUGGCACCGUCUACAAGGCCAUCCUCGGCACUGCAACCACUGUCGCUGUGAAGCGAUGCAAGCAGAUCGACAAGAGCAGGACGGAUGAGUUCGUGCAGGAGCUCGUCGUGGCCUGCCGCGUCAGCCACCCAAACAUCGUCAGGCUCCUCGGCUGCUGCCUCCAUUUCGAGGCACCCAUGCUCGUGUACGAGUUCGUGCCCAACGGCACCCUCAGGGAUCUCCUCCACGGCAGUCCUCGGCGCCGGGUGGUGACGCUGCCGACCCGGCUGAGGAUCGCCGCCGAGACCGCGGAGGCCCUGGCGCACCUGCACUCGCCGCCGCGCCCGACGCUCCACGGCGACGUCAAGCCGGACAACAUUCUGCUCGGCGACGGAUGGGUCGCCAAGGUGUCGGACUUUGGGUGCUCAACUAUCAACGACAACGUGCAGGUGGUGCCCAAGGGCACGCUGGCCUACCUUGACCCUGAGUUUCUGCAGGACCGUCAGAUAACCGAGAAGACCGACGUCUACAGCUUCGGGAUCGUCCUGAUUGAGCUCUUGACUGGUAAGAACCCACUGGCCGAAGAAUGGAAGAAGCUGACCGUGAUGUUUCAGAACAGCAUGAGAAAUGGCACCCUUGGUGAUCUUCUAGACGCUGACAUAGUCGAGGAAUGGAGCAUGGGACUGAUCUAUGAAGUUGCGAAGCUAGUGAGCCGAUGCAUCGCUGCUCCGGGUAAGACAAGGCCGGACAUGCGACAGGUCGCUAAGGAGCUUCGGGGAUUUUCCGAUGAAAUGCCAGAAAGCUCUGAGGCGCGAGUGGCUCUCGGGUUUGAGGAUCGCAGCAGGUAUAGCUACACCGCCACUGAGGGCGAAACUACUGGAUUUUCUAAUCUUAGUGCACUGAGCACAGAACUCGCCAGAUGAUAGGAAAUCAGGUUUUAAAUAGCGGGCUAUAGUGUGCUUAGCUGCUUGAGAGAGGCCACACUAAGCUAUUGCUAUUUUUGCUACUAUGCCAGUUAAGACCACUGCAUUGCACUUUAUUAGCGCUCUAAAUUGUAUAAUUCUAGCUUUGAAAUAACGCGCUACUUCAAUCUUAGCUUUAAUAGUGACCGAUCUAGUUAUUACAAUAAUUAUAUUUUGUUUCAAUGAUUGUUUUUUGGAAACUUGAACAAUUGAAUUUCAGGAAUCUUGUUAUAGUAUCAUAUGUUGUAAAGUUUCCUAAGGCUCCGAAACCUUUGAACUAUAUUUGUGCCCAGCAUA